AUGGAUAGUCAGUAUGAGAUGGUCUGGAUCCCAAUUGUGGACCGCUCAAUCGAGUUGACUGAGCCAAUGAAAGAAAAAUUUGAGAGCCUGCAGACUUCAAUGCCAUGGUUUACAGUGUACCACCCUUCAUUGAUCGAGAAGGCAGUCAUUAGGUUCAUUAAGGAGGUGUGGCACUUCAGGAACAAGCCUAUUCUUGUGGUGCUUGACCCUCAAGGCAGGGUGGUUUCCCCUAAUGCUCUCCACAUGAUGUGGAUUUGGGGAAGCAAUGCCUUUCCUUUCACUAGCUCUAGAGAGGAAUCUCUAUGGAGGCAAGAGACAUGGAGGCUUGAGCUUCUGGUUGAUGGCAUUGACCCAGUGAUUCUUAAUUGGAUUGAGGAAGGAAAGUACAUUUUCUUGUACGGAGGGGACGAUGUUGAAUGGGUAAGGAAGUUCACAAACACAGCACGUGGUGUUGCGCUGGCAGCCCGUAUUCCCCUAGAGAUGGUUUAUGUGGGCAAGAGCAGCAAAAGGGAGCAAGUCCGGCGAGUCAUGGCGACAAUCGCGGUGGAGAAGCUCAGUCACACCUGGCAAGACCUUACCAUGAUAUGGUUCUUUUGGACCAGGCUAGAGAGCAUGCUGUUCUCCAAGAUUCAGCUUGGCAAGAUUGACGAACAUGAUCCUAUGAUGCAAGAAAUCAAGAAGCUGCUUAGCUACGACAGAGAGGGUGGAUGGGCUGUGCUUAGCAAGGGGACUGAGGUUGUGGUCAAUGGUCACGGUACCACAGUUUUGCCAACACUGCUUGAGUAUGACUUAUGGAAGGAGAAUGUCCCUGUCAAGGGCUUUGAUUUGGCCUUCCAAGAGCACCAUGGCAAGCUCCAUGACAUUGCUCACCCUUGCUGCCGCUUCGAUUUCCCAAUGACUGCUGGUAGGAUCCCUGUGACCAUGAAAUGCCCUGAGUGUCACCGCACCAUGGAGAGGUUCUCUACUUUCCUUUGCUGCCAUGAUGAGGGCAUUCCAGACGUGCUAUUCCAGUAA